ACUGGAAGACCCGGACUCCCAGGGGACAAAGGUGCCAUUGGGAUGCCUGGACGUGUGGGAGUAAAGGGCCAACCAGGCGAGAAGGGUUCCCCCGGAGACGCUGGGCUGUCCAUCAUUGGUCCCCGCGGCCCCCCUGGUCAACCAGGCACUAGAGGUUUCCCUGGAUUUCCGGGUCCCAUUGGGCUGGACGGCAAACCGGGCCACCCAGGACCAAAGGGCGACAUGGGUCUGACGGGUCCCCCAGGACAGCCGGGACCCCAGGGACAAAAAGGAGAAAAGGGUCAGUGUGGAGAGUACCCACACCGGCUGCUGCCUCUCCUCAAUUCAGUGCGACUGGCUCCACCCCCGGUCAUAAAAAGGCGGACAUUCCAGGGUGAACAGAGCCAGGCCAGCAUCCAAGGUCCACCAGGGCCCCCAGGCCCCCCUGGACCAAGUGGACCUCUGGGGCACCCAGGACUGCCAGGGCCUAUGGGGCCACCCGGCUUACCUGGGUCUCCUGGACCAAAGGGAGACCCAGGGAUCCAGGGCUACCAUGGCCGGAAGGGAGAACGGGGCAUGCCAGGGAUGCCAGGCAAGCAUGGAGCCAAGGGGGCGCCCGGAAUUGCCGUGGCUGGGAUGAAGGGUGAGCCAGGGAUCCCAGGAACCAAGGGAGACCCAGGAGCAGAAGGGAAGCCGGGGCCCCCAGGUUUGCUGGGAAAGAGGGGGCAGAGGGGUGAGAAGGGGGCUGAAGGCUCCCCUGGGCUUCCUGGCCUCCUGGGGCAGAAGGGAGAGAAAGGCGAUGCUGGCAACUCCAUUGGAGGAGGCAGAGGGGAACCUGGCCCUCCAGGGCUCCCUGGGCCUCCAGGGCCAAAGGGAGAAGCAGGUGUCGAUGGCCAGGUUGGCCCCCCAGGGCGGCCAGGAGACAAGGGGGAGCGUGGAGCAGCUGGAGAACAGGGACCAGAUGGCCCCAAGGGCUCCAAGGGAGAACCGGGGAAAGGAGAGAUGGUGGAUUACAAUGGAAACAUCAAUGAGGCUCUCCAGGAGAUCCGGACGCUGGCCUUGAUGGGGCCUCCUGGUCUUCCUGGGCAAAUUGGCCCACCUGGAGCUCCAGGGAUUCCAGGCCAGAAGGGGGAGAUUGGACUGCCAGGCCCUCCAGGACACGAUGGCGAAAAGGGACCUCGCGGUAAACCAGGAGACAUGGGCCCUCCUGGUCCCCAAGGCCCCCCAGGAAAGGAUGGACCUCCAGGAGUGAAGGGAGAAAACGGGCACCCAGGGAGCCCAGGAGAGAAGGGGGAGAAAGGGGAGACAGGACAAGCAGGCUCACCGGGAGAGAAAGGAGAAGCCGGGGAGAAGGGCAACCCAGGAGCAGAGGUUCCUGGGCUGCCAGGGCCAGAGGGGCCUCCCGGACCUCUGGGGCUCCAAGGUGUUCCUGGACCAAAGGGGGAAGCAGGACUAGAUGGAGCAAAAGGAGAGAAAGGCGUCCAGGGAGAAAAAGGAGACCGUGGUCCCCUGGGACUACCCGGAGCUUCAGGUUUGGACGGCAGGCCUGGGCCACCGGGUACUCCAGGACCAAUUGGAGUUCCAGGCCCAGCGGGACCAAAGGGCGAGAGGGGCAGCAAAGGAGACCCUGGGAUGACAGGACCAACGGGAGCAGCUGGGCUUCCUGGUUUACAUGGACCACCCGGGGACAAGGGAAACCGGGGGGAGAGGGGGAAGAAAGGCUCUAGAGGGCCUAAAGGGGAUAAGGGAGACCAAGGAGCGCCUGGAUUAGAUGCCCCCUGCCCAUUGGGACACCGAGGUUUUAAAGGAGAGAAAGGGGAGCCGGGGUUACCAGGGCUGGACGGACUGGAUGCCCCAUGCCCAUUGGGCGAAGAUGGCUUACCAGUCCAAGGCUGCUGGAACAAGUGAUGCCUCUAACCUUGGAUUGGCCUGUGUGUGUGUUUGUACAUAGAAUAUUUAUUUUUAUACAGUUUUCACUUUUUGAAAAUGCCAGA